AUGUGGAAUUAUUUUGGCAAUCAUUUUAAACUCGUGGGAUUUUUUCUGCUCCUUUCGCUGUGCGCGCAGGUGUCAGAGAGCACGGGUUACUUCGAGGUCCAGGUGCUGUCCGUGCAGAACCCCGAGGGAGUGCUCCAGAGCGGGGACUGUUGUGACGCGCAGGAGCCUUCCUCCGGGGGGCAGUGCGGCGCCGACCAGUGCGACACCUACAUCCGCGUCUGUUUAAAGGAGUACCAGGGCGAGGUGACACCCAAGGGACCCUGCACCUACGGCUCCAACAGCACCCAAGUCCUGGGCGGCAACAGCUUCGCUCUGAGGGGAGGGGCCCGGGCGGGGGACGCUGGCAGAGUCGUUAUCCCCUUUCAGUUUGCCUGGCCGAGAGCCUUCACCGUGAUCGUCGAGGCCUGGGACCGAGACAACGGAACGCACAGUAACACAGGUGAGGAGCGGCUGAUCGGUCGGAGCAUCCACAGAGCCAUGCUGAACCCCGGCGAGGUGAGCCCGCCUGUAGAGCACCGGUCUGUGGGCUUCUCUCUGGACUACAGCCUGAGAGUGCGCUGUGACCUCCACUACUACGGCCCCAAGUGCAACAUCGUCUGCAGGCCCCGGGACGACUACUUUGGACACUACAUCUGUGACCACAACGGGAAACCAGAGUGUAGAGAGGGAUGGAGCGGAGAGUCCUGCAAGACCGCCAUCUGUAAAACAGGCUGCUCUCUUCACCACGGGACCUGCAGCGCACCAGGAGAGUGCAAGUGUAAUUACGGCUGGCAGGGGCCUCUGUGUGAUCAGUGUAUCCCGUACCCGGGCUGUGUGCACGGCUCCUGCUCUGAGCCCUGGAAAUGUGACUGUGACAAGAACUGGGGAGGUCUGCUGUGUGACAAGGAUCUGAACUACUGUGGGACAAACCGCCCUUGUAAAAAUGGUGGCACCUGUAUGAACACAGAGCCUGAUGAGUACCACUGCGCCUGUCCGGACGGGUACUCUGGGAAGAACUGUGAGAUCGCGGAACACGCCUGUGUGUCUAACCCCUGUGCUAAUGGAGGCACGUGCCAUGAGGUGCCCAGUGGGUUUGAGUGCCACUGUGCCCCGGGCUGGUCCGGACCCACCUGUGCCAAAGACACAGACGAGUGUGAGUCUGCCCCCUGUGGGAACGGAGGCACCUGCAUCGACCUCCUGAACGGCUUCGAGUGUCUGUGCUCCGAGCAGUGGAGCGGAAAGACCUGCCAGAUCGAUGUGAACAGUUGUCACGGACAGUGUCAGAAUGGAGCCACGUGUAAGGAGGGCUCCAGAGGGUACCAGUGCCUGUGCAGACCGGGCUUCGUGGGCAGACACUGUGAGCUGCAGAGAGACCAGUGUGAGAGCGCCCCCUGCAGGAACAGAGGCCAGUGUGUGGCGGUGGCAGAGGGCUUCAGGUGUGAGUGUGCGCCCGGCUUCUCCGGAAAACUCUGUGAGAUCCAGGCCGACCCGUGCAGUCCCAACCCGUGUCAGAACCAGGCCCAGUGCUCCAGUGAGGACGGAACCUUCUACUGCCACUGUCCUGAGGAGUACGAGGGCCAAACCUGCUCAGAACGCAAAGACCACUGCAAAACCAACCACUGCAAAGUUCUGGACAGCUGUACGGUGGUGGUCUCUUCUAACCGCACUGACCCGAGCGGUGGAGGAGGUGGAGAUGUUUGGCACCUGCCCUCGUCGGUGUGUGGACCUCACGGACACUGCCGCUCUCUGCCUCAGGGAAACUUCAGCUGCUCGUGUGACCCGGGCUUCAGCGGCGCCUACUGCCACGAGAACAUAAAUGACUGUGCGUCCGUGCCUUGUCUAAAUGGAGGCACCUGUAUCGACGGGAUCAGUUCGUUCCACUGUCUGUGUCCUGACGGCUGGGAGGGACACCUCUGCAACAUCGACGUGGACGAGUGCAGCAGCGCCCCCUGUCUGAACGCCGGGCACUGCGUGGACCUGCUCAAUGACUUUUACUGUGACUGUGUGGAGGGAUGGAAGGGCAAAACCUGCAGCUCACGAGAGAGUCAGUGUGACCCUAUGACCUGCAGUAACGGCGGCACGUGCACGGAUCGUGGAGACUCAUUCCACUGCAGCUGCGCUCCAGGCUGGGGAGGAACCACGUGUAACACCGCAAAGAACAGUUCUUGUGACGCUGCCCCCUGUCUGAACGGAGGGACGUGUGUGGGAGGAGCGGACGGCUUCAAGUGCAUCUGUAAAGAGGGAUGGGAGGGGCCCACCUGCACACAGGAUGUGGAUAACUGCAACCCACAUCCAUGUUAUAACGGGGGUCAGUGUGUGGACGGGGUGAACUGGUUUCGUUGUGAGUGUGCUCCUGGAUUCGCUGGACCCGACUGUCGCAUCAACAUAGACGAGUGUCAGUCUUCUCCGUGUGCCGCGGGCUCCACCUGCAUCGAUCAGAUCAACGGGUUUAAAUGCGUGUGCGCCCCGGGAUACACAGGACCGCGCUGUCAGGAGUUCAUCGGCUUUGGUCUGCCCUGCCUGGUCACGGGUCGGCAGGUGCCCUCUGGCGGUCGGCAGGUCCCUCACGGCGAGCGCUGGUCUGAGGAGUGUAACAGCUGUCAGUGCACGGACGGACACGUGCGCUGCUCCAAGGUGUACUGUGGUCAGCGCCCCUGCCUCCUCUCCUCCUCCUCCUCCCCCGGGUCAGACAGCGCCCCCCUCUGUCCGGCUGGAGCAAAGUGCACACCUCAGCCCCGCCUCUCCUGUUUCUCUGAGUCAUGUGACCUCUGGGGUGUUUGCUCCGCCCCCUACGCCCCGGCCCCACAGACCCAGUGUCAGCCCAACUCUGAGCACGUCGACCCCAACUGUGCUCGCAUCUCCCUCAUCUUCAACAGGAGCAAAGUUCCACAGGGCACGUCGGUGGAUCAGAUCUGCUCUGAGCUCCGGUUUCUCCCCGUGACUCAGACUCUGGCCCAGAACAGGACUCUGCUGCUCCUGUGUGAGCGCUCCACCACCAACGCAGACGCCGUGGAGGUCGCCAUGUCUUUUGAGUCGGACGGCUGGUCCUCAGACUCGGAGCGCGCUCAGAUCCACUCAGCCUGCACCUCCAUCAUCUCCUCGCUCUCCCGGCAACACAACAGCGCCCUCCUGCUGUCGGUGACGGAAGUGAAGAUGGACUACGUCUCGCAGGACCCACCCAUCGACUUCUUGAUGCCCUUGCUGAUCGCCGUCUUCUGCCUCCUGUGGCUCUUCUGCAUCGUGGUCUGCGUCUGGUGGACGCGGAAACGAAAGAAAGAGCGCGAGAGAGCGACCGUCCGCCCCGACGAGCUCACCGUCAACAACCAGCUCAGAAGCCCCUCCCCCAAAGACAACCGCGACAAGGACAACCAGUACGAGUGCAGGAAGCUGAUGGCCACGCCCCCCGAGAGGACGUGCGACGGGGCCGAGGCGGAGGAGGAGGGGCUUACGGAAGCGGGCGGAGCGGGGGACGGGGCGGAGGAGGGGGAGAUGGCGAGGGGCAGCCAUCUCGGGGUGGUGUGCACGGGUCAAAGUGUACCCAUCCGCUCGCCGCAUCGGACAAAAUAUAGUCCCAAAGACAAUCGCUGUAAAAACCUGAACGCGGCCAGGCUCAGCGAGGACAUCAAGGACCACUAUGUAUAA